GCGUUUCAGAGAGAAAAACUGGAGCUAAGAUUUUUACAGAAGUAAUGGAUAACACAACAGCUGAUCACCAGUUCAACUGUAGUUUGAAUAACAACAGUCUCCGGGUUCCACUAGCAGUCUUCUACUCCCUCUUCUUUCUUUUGGGUUUGGUUGGCAACCUCCUGGCCCUCUGGGUAUUUUUAAAGAUGCAUGCCAAAAAGAAUUCAUUUCGCAUUUUCCUAAUUAACUUAGCUUUGGCUGACUUGCUUCUGAUCUCCUGCCUGCCAUUCCGAAUAUUCUACCAUGCCAAUAAUGAGCACUGGAACUUACAACCUGUAAUCUGCAGGAUGGUGGGCAGUAUCUUCUACAUGAACAUGUAUGUGAGCAUUGUCUUGCUUGGUCUAAUUAGCAUAGAUCGCUACCUGAAGCUUCAGAGGGUCUCCAGCAGGCAAAGGUUCCUCAGCAGCCGACAGAGCAUUCUUACAUGUUGCAUCGUCUGGUUUGUGGCUAUCGUUUGGGUAGCCCCGUUAAUUUUCUCUGCUGGGAAUAAGACACAGUCCCAAAAGUGUUUUCACUACAAGCGGCUGCAACACACUAAAUGGAAAGCCUACUUAAACAUUGGAGUGGUGCUUUUGUUCUGGGUGGUUUACAGUGCCCUGAUAAAAUGUUAUGGGAAAAUUGCGGUGGGGAUGCUUCAAGUCUCCAAAGAGAAACCAGACCUUCCAAAUGCAGUUAAAUACAGUCAAACUGCUCAGAAGUCAUUCUUCAUUCUCUUUCUCUUUACUGUGUGCUUUGUACCCUAUCAUUUGGUGAGGAUCUUCUAUAUUAUCUCCCAGAUCACUGAAGUCUCGUGCAGAUGGAUUCAGGUGCUGGACAAGACCAACGAGAUAGCACUAAUGUUAUCUGCCUUUAACAGCUGUCUAGAUCCGGUUAUGUACUUUCUACUGUGUAGCUCAAUCCGAAAAGCAGUGCUUCAGAUGUUGCAAAAAAGCUGCUGUAUGUACACUUACAGACACUCUAGUAACUCUAGCACAGAGUAA